AAAGGAGGGAGAAGACGUAGAGAGAGUUGGGAGGAGAGGCUGCUGCGCUGCUCCACAGUGACAAGCAAGAGAAGAGAUCGAGUAAGAAGAAGAGAAGAUUUAUAGUGUUGGGGUUUUUGUUGCGUUCUUGCUUCACGCAAGCUGCUAAACGUUGAGAGAGAGAGAGAGAGGUUUGGGAUAGGCUUCGCUGCUUGGCGUGGCUUUAAAGAUAAUAACAAUACAGGAGGAACCAAAAAGCAAACAAGCAUCAAACAGUAACUCCAACAAGACCCUUUGCCAAUAAGACAAACUCCUCGUUCUCCGUCACACCAUUUUAACACCCUCUCUUCUCUCUCUAUAAAUCUUAUUUCCUCGCUUUCUUUCCUUCUAGCCAUUCUGGAUCGUCUCUCUAAGAAAGCAAUCGAUCCUUCUCGUGUCAGGAUCAACCUAAAUAUACAACAGGAAGCAGCGAAAAGGAGAAGGGGAUCAGGUGAUAUGAGCGGCAGUAUCGGUCCUAAUGGGGGAGGAGGAGGAGGAGGUGGUGGCGGUAGUGGAGGUGGAGGAGGCGGGGGACCCUGCGGAGCGUGUAAAUUUCUGAGGAGGAAGUGCGUGACAGGGUGCAUAUUUGCGCCCUACUUCAAUUCCGAGCAAGGGGCAGCGCACUUCGCGGCGGUGCACAAGGUGUUCGGGGCUAGCAACGCGUCGAAGCUUCUCCUCCACAUCCCCGCCCAUAAGCGCCUCGACGCCGUCGUUACCAUCUGCUACGAGGCUCAGGCACGCCUCCGCGACCCCGUCUACGGCUGCGUCGCUCACAUCUUCGCCCUCCAGCAACAGGUAGUCAACCUACAUGCAGAGCUGUCCUGCUUACAAGCGCAUCUGGCCACUUUGGAGCUGCCAACCCCUCCUCCGUCACUCGCUUCGCCGAUCCCCUUCUCGAUGUCAGACCUCUCGUCAUCCUCCACCCUCCCUUCUACCGCCGAUCUCUCCACGCUGUUCGACCCUCCGCUGCUGCCGUCAUGGCCUCUUCAGCAGCAGCAGCGGCCGACGUUGUUCAUGCAGCAGCGUAGCACCAGCACAAGAAGCCCGUCUGAGAGCUCUGGAUGUGGCGGUGGCGAUCUCCAGGAAUUGGCGAGGGAGCUCCUCGGUCGGCACUGUUUAGGUGAUGUGACUGCUGAACCCGGGGUUCAAGAAUCCAAAUCAAUUUGAUUAUCUGAACCUUGUGAGAAGAGCAGAUUCAUGGAUGGGUCAAUUGAUGUAAUGAAUCAGUUCCAAUUGGACUCAUCCGUUUGGGAGAACAUCGAAAGGUGAUGAUGCAUGGUAGGAGAGAAACCAUACACGAUCGCUAUUAUUACUCAUAUUGCAUUUCUGCUUAAGUUGUCCUCGUUGUGGUUGAUGACUUCAAGCAGGCAACAAGUAAGCUACCUUAUAUAUGCAGCAAACAUGCUUAAGACGACUUGCUUCGAGAAAUGGUGUUGUCUUCAUAGGAAAUGGAUUCCCCGAAUGUGCCAAGAACAUUACCGGCUAAAACUGCACUGUCGCGUUCCACUGUUCUCGUGUAGCAACCUGUCGCAGGCAUGGCUCGUUAAACAUACCAAUAGAUUCUGGUUAAUCAUUGUUGACAAUGAUGAGCAGUGACUUCCUUAAUUAUGAAUAUGUAUCUAAAUAAUGUUAUUAUUUCUACUGA